AUGGCCGUGAUGGUCAGCCAGGCUGCACCUACCGUGGCUGUCAACCUUAUCCAGAUCUUGGCUUGGGGAACGCGCAGCUUUAUGGCAAGAAGACUCAACAUGAACACUCGCCUCGCGAGAAACGAGCCACAAACAAUCUCAGAACCAUUGGCUCUUCCAGACCUUUGCCGGCUAGAAGGAAUCAAUCUGCUUCAACUUCCUCCUCAAGUAGCCGCCGCCAAAGUUGCAAUUCCGACACGGUUUGCUGCGACCGCGGCCUACCUCGUGCAACAUGGACGCUCUGCAACAGGAACAUUCCGUAUACCCGGAAAGCAGCGGGUCAUCACCUCUCUAUAUAACCACUUCACCGAUCACGCCAAAGCCACAGAGGCCUCUGACAGCUAUAUCGAACUCACCAUCCGCGCAUCUACCCUCCCGUCUUCCGUCUCAUUCGACGUGCAUGACAUCGCAUCUACCUUCAAGAAAUUUCUAGGGGAGCUUCCGGGCGGCAUAUUAGGGUCGCUCCGCCUAUUCGACGCAAUACGAUACGUUAUGACUCUCAAAUACGAUGAAGACGAAAGCGUGGGCCUGAAUGGAGUCAGCUCAAACGCAAAAUGCAUCGCCUUUUCUCUCCUCAAACUCGAAAGCAGCCACAGGCUCGCUCUUAUCUCAGCCGUCUUCGGCCUUCUCUCUUAUCUCUCAGACGAUGCAUCUACCUCCUUCAUCAACUCCUCAUCUCAAGAAAGCUCAGAAGCCAAAACCAACACCGACAUCAACACCGACGCCACAGAGCGAAUGAGCCCGCACGCCCUCGCCGUAGUCUUCGCACCUCUCCUCCUCGGAAACUUGACAGACAUGAUCCGCCUCGACACCUCAAGCAGCCUAGAAGAUUUCGAUACAUUCAUCCCAUCCUCUGCAUCCGCGUGCUCGCCGUGCGACUCACUCAGCAUCAAGAAUGGCUCGUCUCUCUCUCACGCCUCUACAUACGACCGGUCUUACUCUCCAACUUUCACGCAACUUUACUCUCAACCCUUCGAGGAGACGUCCCCACUCCUCCUACAAGCCCGGGGAGCGGGCCACCAAGAAUACCAUAGACGUGGCAACGUACACACUAUCAACACUACCAACAACACCAUCAACAACAGCAAAGCCGCCCUCGAAGCCUCCCUCCGCCGCACCCACAUCGCGGCCGCAGUGCUUGAAAUGAUGCUCAAGCACUGGCGCGGCGUCGUCGCGGAGCUGCGCCGCAGUGAGCUCGGCACCACUGGGUGCUACCUUCCCUGGCCAAGCGCGCCCAAUCCGCCAAGGGCGGGAGGCUGUGGCAUGUCUCGCGUGGACUCGGGCGUUGGGGUCUUGGGCGGUGUGGAGGAGGAGGGGGAGAGGAGGGAGGAGGCGCUGGGGGAGGAGGUGGAGUAUUGGAGGCGUAGGGCGUUGAGGGCGGAGGCGGCGUUGAAGGGGUAG